UUCCCAAACAAACCUUAAUUGUUUGUUUUUUUGUGCAUUUAUUUCCUCACCCUCUUUAAUGGCACUAGCCAACAACAACAUUCUACAUUGUGUUUUUGAUGAGACUACUAUGGAGAUUAACUCUGUAAUGUCUCAUAAAAAAUCUAUGAUUGAAGAAGAAGAUGGUUCACAAAGCACUAAUGGACUAAGCAAUGAUUCAGCUUCAGCUUCUGCCAUUACAAAUUCUCCUACUCUUUGCAGAAAAAGCCAUGUUUAUAACAACAAUACAAGUUAUGAACUUGAAGAAGAGUCUUUGAUUAAUUUCAAAGGCAAUGAUGAGUAUUACAACAACCUCAUGCAAGGUAGUGAAUCAUUGCUUAGCUUUCAGCAUAGUUGGAUGGUUUCCAAUGAGAAUAAUUUGCAGCAAUGGAAUAAUGCUAGUCCUAAAAGUACCACAAAUUUGUGCAUGGUGCAAGGUUUUAAUAGCUUUGAAACUUCAAGUGGUAGCUAUGGAUCCAUGUUCAAUAGUGUAAAAGAGAAGCAAAAUGGUGAAAGUUCAUGUGGAUGGCUAUACUCUGAACCAAAUGUUCCUUGUGAUGAUGACGAUGAUGAUGAUAGCUUAAUAAAAGAGUCGGAAACACAUGAAUCCGUCUUGAAGAAGCGAUCUUCUAUGGGGGGGAACAUGCAGCCUACCAAUGCCAAGAAGCCAUGCACAGCUGCAAGUAAGAAAGAAAAACAUAAGUCAAAUCCAUCCAAGGAUCCUCAAAGUGUUGCUGCCAAGAAUAGAAGAGAGAGAAUAAGUGAGAGGCUCAAGAUCCUACAAGAACUUGUGCCAAACGGUUCCAAGGUUGAUUUGGUUACCAUGUUGGAGAAAGCAAUUAGUUAUGUGAAGUUUCUUCAGUUGCAAGUGAAGGUGUUGGCAGCUGAUGAAUUUUGGCCUGUCAAUGGUGGAAAAGCUCCUGACAUUGGUCAAGUAAAACAAGCAAUUGAUGCAAUUCUUUCAUCUCAAAGAUGAAAUUAAUGAAGAUUUUGGAUCCAAGAAAAUAAAUGUCAUCAUAAUUCUCUCAAGGAAUUGACAAGGGAAUUUUUAGAAAUUCAGAAUACAUAACCUUUUCUAAUUUGUUAACUUCUAAAUUAAUAUGUAACAGAAAACAAAAUUGAACAUCUUGUGUUUUAGAAGUGUAUGUGUACUAUUCAAGUAUCUACAUGUAAAAGUUGUACUUCUCUUUGUACUAGUGGUGUUGGAAAUGUUUAUGAUAAAUAUCUGACUACUCCAUAAACAAUGAUGUUAAGAUACUAUAUGAGAUUAUGUUGAAU